UGACCGACAGAAGGCUGCAGUAAAGCUCUCACUCGUCUGGUCCGUGGAGUUUCACUUGAGAAAGUGUUUUUUAUACGGAAUGUGAACUUUUUUUAUUUAUAGGAAGGACGAUAGACAGUGUUUUUUUCAUCCUAAGGAUUUUUUUAUUUGCACCAUUUUUUUACACCAGAUCUGCUGUUGUUAACCACUGCCGCCUGUUCCUGUAGAUGUUCCUGCUUCUCGGCUGAGCUGAACUUUCUGUAGUGUUAUUGGCGGGGUUUUAUUUUUUUUUCUCUUCUAAGAUUCAUUGACUGGUUUGUUGUUAGGGAUCAAGAAAUCACUUGGACUUGAACUGAAUUAACUCAACUGACUGAAUUUUGUAAAUGAAUGUAAAGGAGUGUGUAACGUUUCACCAGCUCGCCCUGUUUCUCUCUGCUCCGGGCAUCUCACAUGGGGCAACCCAGAGGGACCUCCUGGGCCACUGAGACGUGAUUCCAGGCUCGGUGCAGUCUCCUGGACACAAAAUCCCAAACAGAUCACUGGUUGAAUGUUAACAAAGACUAUGGAUCCACUAUCAUGCAAUGCGGACAAGGCGAAGAGCAAGUACGAACAGUACUUCAAUUCAAACCUCAUCCAGAUACACUAUUUCUUUGUCAAGAACAUGAGCCAGGAGGACAUGAGGAAACGACAGGGCACAGAAGGGCCCAGUGCACUCAACAUUCUGUUUAUCAUCAUCUGCAGCAUCAUAAUUUUGGAGAACCUCAUGGUGCUCAUUGCUGUUUUCCGAAACAAAAAGUUUCACUCGGCCAUGUUCUUCUUCAUUGGCAAUCUAGCAUUCUCGGAUCUGCUUGCUGGCUCAGCUUACAUCGCUAAUAUAUGCCUGUCAGGAACAAAGACUUUUCAUCUAAUGCCUUUGCAGUGGUUCAUAAGAGAAGGGACUGUUUUUAUUGCAUUGUCUGCAUCGGUGUUCAGUUUGCUCGCCAUUGCUAUAGAACGUUACAUUGCUAUAACUAAAGUCAAAGUUUACGGCUCCAAUAAGACCUGCCGCAUGUUCUUGCUUAUCGGAGCAUGCUGGGUCACUUCAAUCCUUCUCGGCGGACUUCCCAUUUUAGGCUGGAACUGCAUAAAUGAUCUAGAGGAGUGUUCGGCCGUUCUGCCUCUCAACUCUAGGCGCUACAUCUGCUUUGUGGUGACCAUCUUCAGCCUUAUUCUGCUCUCCAUUGUCAUCCUGUAUGUCCGUAUUUACUUGAUUGUUCGUUCCAGCCACCAGGAAACUACUAACUCAGCUUCCUACGCCCUGCUUAAGACUGUCACUAUUGUCCUGGGCGUGUUUAUCGUGUGCUGGCUGCCUGCCUUCAGCAUCCUGCUCCUUGAUACUUCGUGCGGUAUGUCCUCCUGCCCCAUCCUCAGCCAAGCUGAAAUCUUCUUUGGGAUUGCCACCUUGAACUCGGCUCUAAACCCGUUGAUCUACACGCUGCGCAGUAAGGACAUGAGGCGGGAGUUCCUGCGCGUAUUAUGCUGCUGGGGGCUCCUUCAGAGCGGUCGGCCGGCGGAACGCUGCUUGAUGCAGCUCAAGAGCUCGAGCUCAAUGGACCACUGCACCAGCAAACAUGAACAUCAGACUCCCAUCAUGCAGGACUGUACAACUUGCGUUUAAACUCGGAGAGACGCCCAUGCCGCAUCUUCAAAGGUCUCUGAGUGGGUUUGGAUCUGAAAAGAAGUUGACGCAUUUGGUGUAGAGGUUUAGCAUGUGACUUUUCACAAAGCAAUCAGACCUGUGUGAAUUUUUCUAAUCACUUUCUAUGGACUCUUACGAGCUAAAAGCAAGUAUUGCUAUUGUGGUAUGGACACAUUACUGUAUUGUUAUUAUUUUUUUGUGUGUAUGUCAAAGAUUUAUGAUCUCCACUGAAUAAUUUUGUACUUGUUUUGAUACUGUUUUGACUCACCAUGUCCUAUUUGGCCGUUUGGCAGUGACCAAAAAUUUAGUUUAAGUCUAAGAUAAUGCACUUUCACGCAUGUCUGUGAUUGUAUGUAUUUGUGACUGACUUGUGAGUCAGUCAGACUAACAAAGGCAACGUUGCAUGAACCUGGAAAGGUGAGUCUUGGAGUGACUCAGCGGAUCUGAUUUACAAAGCAAAAGGAGUUAUGGAGUAGUUACACUCCGCACUGCACUCCUCAUGAGCCAUGGGUGCAAAGAAAUGUUGAACACAUGUAUUCCAUUAUAUUCCCUUUAAUUAACUACAAUAAAAACAAUGUACUACACUUCAUUAUAUUGCAUGGCAUAACCUGUGUAAAACUAAUCUAUGGCAUAUUCAUGUACAAUUUCAUCAUUAACCCUUUUCUCCCAGCCUCUCUGGCUUUUGCUUACGUUUGUCCAUGUGUGUGUAUGUUUGAAUGUGUAUGUAUGUAUGUGUUUUUUUAAUGAUAAGUGUUUCCUUAAAGGAGUACACAAACAGAAAGUACAUUUCUUUAAGCGAAAUGGCACUGACGCAUUUCACCAAGCCUGCAGUAAUCCCCCGGACUUGUCUUGACAACGUUGUAGCGUCGCUGCAUCAGCGUUUGCUUUCUGGUUUUGUGCUCUCCUGAAACUGAAUGUAUGCAUGAAGUGUUUGGAGCGAAAUGCUUCUCUGUGUGACAGUAUUACCGAACACUGAUUGUUUGUUGUUGUUGUUGUUGUUGUUGUUGUUUUUUUAGUAUUGAGCUGUCAGAGACAAUAAAGAGGCAUGGGUCACUGUGAAUUCUUGAAACAAUCACCACAUUUUAAAUCUCUGAUGACACACAUUGGGUUGCAGAGAUGAAAACUUAUGACGAUGAGAUGAAAUUAACAGGUUACACCAUUAUUUUUGGUUGAUUUGUGUCAUGGCCUUUAAGCGCACACACUUCAGGCAAGGGAGGGGCGGAGGCUGCACUCUUAUGUCAAGGGUCAGAGGCUAAUUAUUCUGCUUAAAACCACACUUCCUGCAAUGGCAGGAAGUUCAGUGUUUCCAAUGGUACUUCCUGUUGUUCAGGAUUGAUCUCAUCUUUCAUUAAUAUUCUUUCAUACCACUCACACAAGCAAACACAUAAGAUUUGAUCCUAGAAUGUCUUGCUGUCUUUUUUUCUAUUGAGCAUCAGAGAAAGCACUUUGGCAGCUUUUCCAAAAUCAUUUAAGUUUUUUCAUUCCUUUUUUUUUUUUUUUUUUGCUUGUUGUUAUGCUUUUUUUAUAUGAAGACUGUGCAAGCAUGUUACUUCCAUUCUGUGUAAAUCCCUGUGCAAAAAGUUUUGUAUUAUGCAUUUAUGAUGAUGUAUGUAUUGUAUUUAUGUCGAAUAUGUGUAUAUGUAUGAAAUGUCUCGUGUGCAAUAGCAUUGUGUGUCUAGUAGCAAGCUACCUGUGUAAAAAUCGGUACAGUCCUAAACACUAAUAUUGGUACAUAAACGUUUUUUUGUUCAAUACUUUUUAUAUAAAAUAAAUUAGAUAAAAAAUACAAAUGCA